CGUCGUCUCUCGAUCUAUCUGAGCAGCCAUGUUGAUGUUGUUGUUCAUCGACAAUUGAGCGAGCGGGUGGAGCUGAGGAAUGGCACGCGUCAAGCUCAAGCUCCACUAGCGCAUCUUGGCGGGUGCGUCAUGUCGAAAUCGAAGGCUCGAACUUUCCCAUAAUUCAACCAAACGUCACCUAUCGGCAUUAUGGACUUUGCAAAGCUGAUGUCAGCGCAGAUCAAGAAAGGGAAGGAAAGUGCUUCACCAGCCCCUGCGAGUGAAAAGAAGUACCUCAAGCGCAGCGAGAUUGAGGCUCAAAGACAAGCCGCUUACCGCGCAGAGCAAGAGGCCGAGGAGAAGGCGCGCCGGGGAAAACUAGCCCAGAAGCGGAAAGCAGAUGAAAAAGAGGUAGAGAGAGAAACUGAGAGGCAAGAGAAGCGCAGGCGGCUUGCUGAAGAGUCCCGGCGCAUAAGGGAAGAGGAAGAGGAGGCCGAGGAAAGCAAGAGGAGAAAACGCUUAGGGUUACCUGAUCUGCCACCCAAACAAAAGGAUGGCGAGGAGGGUAUGCCAGUGCCUGAGGAUGGGGACAUACCCGAAGAGGACCUUAUCGAGAGGUUACGAACCCUUAACGAACCGGUACGACUUUUCGGCGAGACACACAAGCAGCGCCUGAAGCGCUACAAAAAACGCAUAGGCGCAGAUAGUCUGGCAGCGAUUGUGACCGACGGUCCAAUACCUACCACGCUGCAGCUUGUGCCGGAGAAGGAUAUGAAAGUGGGGCUUCAUAUACCCAAGGACGCCGAAGCGCGCAGAUUCCUGUUCAGACAACUAGCAAGCUAUUUCACAAUGGUCCUCAAGGAAUGGGAUGUUACGCUGGCGUUGCGAGACGCAGAUGUCAAAGAGAGCUAUCAGGGCAAGCAAGCAUACGCUGCCAUGGUACAAGCGCGAGAGAACAUGCGGCCGUUGUUCAAGAAGCUAGAGAAGUUCGACCUUCCUGACAGCAUACUCCAACCUGUUGUGGAGAUCGUACACUCGGCACAAGAGCGACGAUAUGUCGAUGCAAACGACGGCUACCUUAGACUCAGUAUUGGUAACGCUGCGUGGCCGAUCGGAGUCACCAUGGUUGGUAUCCACGAGCGCAGUGCGCGAGAGAAGCUACACGAGAACGAGAACUCUGCGCACAUUUUGAGCGACGAGAGUACGAGGAAGUACUUGCAGAGUAUCAAGAGGUGCCUGAGCUUUGCGCAGACCAGGUGGCCGCCAACAGAUCAGAUGCAGCUGAUGGGAUAAAUGGCCAAUGCGAGGUAUUGAUUGGAAGAGUCGAGAGCGGAUCCCGCAAGCUAAGGAGACGAUAGUGCAUCUAAUCUGACAGCGUCCUUUUCUUGCAGAUUACUUCUCAGCGUAGUGUAAUCCCUUCGAAUGAACUAUCGCAACUUUGUCA